GAGAAAUCUAUGAGGGAUAUACAGCCAAUGCUAGAGGCAGAACGGUAGGUGUCGGUGUAAGUCAAAAACGAGACUCCCCAGUAUCACCGAAAAGAACAGGGGGAUUAAGCGCAAAGGUGAGCAAUCGUCAUCAUCAGGCCCCUUCGCACCGACAAAAGCCCAAUAAUAGCGUUCUCAAAAAAAGGAGAAAAGCGGACGAAAACGGGGUCUGUGAUCUGGGUAUAGAUCAUGUAGUUGUCAGGUAUCUUUCUCGCGUGUCUCUGGCUGCGCUGGUACAGAGGAUAAUACGUACGAUGCUGGGAUCGGGAUCAUCAACAGGGCAGUGCUUGUAAAGUUACAGAAGCCUCAGGUACCAGAACCAGACACGUUGGGCCUUUGACCUUGGUUUACGGAUAGCAUUAUGCGCGGGCUCCCGUUUGAGGUGCCGGAUUUCCAUGCUUGUAAAUUUGGAGGCAUUUAUUUUAUUCAUGUCCUCAUGAGAAUUGUUUAAAAAGUCGGUGGCUCUGCCUCGUUGAAAGUUCUUUUGUUUUCUCUUGAUUCCACUCGUAUCCUUUCUAUUGCAUCACUCAUACAUAACCAUCUCUUAUAUCCUCUGGGUAUCUAUCUGUCUCCCCUCCCCUCAUCUCCAUCAUAACAACUCCUCUUGUAUUACACGUCCUUUUUUUUUUCCACACUAAGAAACAGUUUCAGCUCUCAAACGCCAAAAUUAUUGCCGAGCUUCCCGUUCUGCCACUCCACUGAACCUUCACGGCUGCGGCUUGCCGUCAUCGUGGUUGUAGCUCUAACCAACUAAAACGACCAUAUCCAAACGCGCGCCACGCAACCCAAACCAGCUCAGACACAACAGCAAGAAAAACCGGCUGCUUGCGUUUUUCCCUUUUUGGCCUGUUACAUUAAACUUUGUGUGAUAUCUACUAUAUCAAGAGCUACCCCUCUUCCUCCAACUCUUUCAUCAUGAGUCUCGUACAGCAUUCAGAAAGUGAGGCUGCCUCACCUGUUCCCAUCAUCGAGACAGACGACCAAGGAAGACCUGUAAAGACAAGUACAAACGGUUAUUUCCCCUCAAACGGCCAACAUCUUCCUUCUUCUGCCAACGGAGCUGUUACUCCUUCGUUCAUCGACAACAUGUCUCAUCUCUCCGUUGUCCGUGCCAGAGACGACUCUGACGCUGCGUCUGUUCGCUCCACGAGCUCUCGCACCUCGAGAAAGCCUCAGAUGCAGCUUGCGAGCUACCAGGAUGAGUUCACCACCAGCGUUUACGGCUCUCGCUUUGCGGGCAUGGACCUCCCCAGGCAUCAUAUGCCAGAGAACGAGAUGCCCCGCGACAUUGCCUAUCGCAUGAUCAAGGAUGAUCUGAGUCUCGACAACAACCCCAUGCUCAACUUGGCAUCCUUUGUCACUACUUACAUGGUACGUAAUCAAUCCAUAUCCGUCGUUUGCCAAGCCCGCCCACAGCGGAGACGAACCGUUUCUUGGCUCUGGGGAUGACAGCUAGCUCUGUGCAACACCAGCACAAGCACUAAAUUACCCCGCCAUCAUAUAUCUGGAUAGCUUCACUAACACCCGCAACAGGAAGAUGAGGCCGAAAAACUCAUGGCGGAGUCCUUCUCCAAGAACUUCAUCGAUUACGAGGAGUACCCUCAAUCCGCCGAUAUUCAGAACCGCUGUGUCAACAUGAUCGGUGAUCUCUUCCACGCGCCUCCUGGAGAAUCAGUCGGUACAUCUACUGUUGGUUCAUCAGAAGCCAUCAUGCUUGCUGUCUUGGCCAUGAAGAAGCGCUGGAAGAACCGCAGACAAGCUGAGGGCAAGAGCACGGAGCACCCCAACAUCGUCAUGUCCUCUGCUGUGCAGGUCUGUUGGGAAAAGGCUACUCGAUAUUUCGAGAUUGACGAGAAGCUCGUCUACUGCACUCCUGAUCGAUUCGUCAUGGAUCCUGAUGAGGCUGUUGAUCUGUGCGACGAGAACACCAUUGGCAUGUGCGCUAUUCUCGGAACUACUUACACUGGCGAGUAUGAGGAUAUCAAGGCCAUCAACGAUCUCCUCGUCGAGCGGAAUCUCGAUGUGCCCAUCCACGUCGAUGCUGCCAGUGGCGGUUUCGUCGCGCCCUUCGUGGUCCCUGACCUAGAAUGGGAUUUCCGAUGUGAAAAGGUCGUCUCUAUCAAUGUUUCAGGUCACAAGUACGGUCUUGUGUAUCCUGGUGUUGGUUGGGUCAUCUGGCGAUCUCCCGAGUAUCUCCCUCAAGAGCUCGUCUUCAACAUCAACUACCUCGGAGCCGAUCAAUCCUCUUUCACUCUUAACUUCUCCAAGGGUGCAUCACAGGUCAUUGGUCAGUACUACCAGCUCAUCCGUCUCGGCAAGCAUGGUUACCGUGCUAUCAUGAGCAACCUCACCCGUACUGCCGAUUACCUCACAGAAACCCUUGAGAACUUGGGUUUCGUCAUCAUGUCAGAACGAUCUGGAGCUGGUCUCCCCCUCGUUGCCUUCCGCUUCAAGACUGUUGAAGAGGGCGGUGAUCCUGAUCGCCACUACGAUGAGUUUGCUCUCGCUCACCACCUCCGUUCUCGAGGUUGGGUCGUCCCCGCUUACACCAUGGCUCCCAACUCUGGUGUCAAGAUGUUGCGUGUUGUUGUCCGAGAGGACUUCACAAAGAGUCGAUGUGACCAGCUCAUCUGCGAUGUCAAGCUGUGCCACGGUCUUCUCAAGGAAACAGAUCAGGAAUCCAUCAAGAAGCGUGAGGAAUACAUCAGGAAUCACAUUUCUGCCAUGGGUCGUGGAAAGCAUUCCCACCCUGUUUACAAGGACGAGUCACAUUCUCUCCAGGGCAAGACUGGCAAGACACAUGCUAUUUGCUAGAUUUACAUAGACGGCAUAUAGGAUAUUGGGGAUGUUUGGCGUUGAGCGUGUCAUGAUGUGCGUUUUUACAUAUGCGGACACAGGCCAUCAAUUGAUUUGAAUCUACAUUUUGACAUGUGUUUCCCCAUUACUUUGUGAUUUCCAAUCGCAACACGUUUAUAUUCCAUCUCAAACUAAGCUCAAUGACUCACUUAACCCUUCUAUUUCCAUUUAUAAGUGACAUUCAUCUCAUCAUCAUAAUUACGGCAAUUGCAAAAC